AUGGAGCUGGGGCCUGGCCACAGAGAGGUGGUACCCCGCGUGCCAGCCCCGGCGGCCGGCAACGGGCAACCGCUAUCUAGAAGUGCCCUAGGCAAUUACCUGAGCCGGUCUCGUCCUUGCGCGCCGUCCUCUGCUCUGCGGGGCAGGGACCUGCUGGAGAGACCCGAGUGCCUUGAGCCCGUGCACCCUGCCCUCCGUGUUCACUUGGGGGCUCCAACCCUACACCUGACUCACAGGCUGUCGUACGAGGAUCUUGUGGCUUCACCCCGUCGUCGUCGGUACCAUCGGCGGUUUGUCAUUGUCCAUCGGUAGCAAUAUCCAGCCCAGCAAGCCCGGUGUUUAUUUAUGGGGAUCUUUCCCUCAGUGCCCAGGAAUGUCCCUCAGAAGCCACAGCUGUCUGCUUGCAGCUCCAAGAUGUCCUGCACCUCAGUGAUCCUGAAGAUGGCAUCUGCAAAGGGCAAACUGAUGCUCCAUUUGGCUCUGAAGCAGACGGUCAUCUGCGUGUUGUCUUCCUUGUUUGUCCACUUCCCAAACCUUUGUGUAAAGAAGACUCUCGUGAAGGCCCUUGAAGAGAGCAGUCAACCAAGAGCCAAGAAAGAGACAGACCUGAAGGCCUUGGUUGAGAGUGGAAAAAGGCUAACAGAGCAAAAGAAAGGACACUCAGUCCUCGAGAGUCAGGACGAGCAGAGAAGGGGCUCGAACCCUGGGGGAAGUUCGCAGUCUGCAUUUAGGUGCCUGAUGGUCAACGGGGUCCUCUCUUCCUUUGUGCCCAGGCCUGGGCCUCUGAAGAGAGGCUUCUGUUCCAAGAGCUCAGAAAAUACCCUGACUAGGAAAUCCCAGACCUACUCUCUGAGCUCAUGCAGCAAACAAAAUACCAUCACCAGUUCAUACAGCUCCACUAGAGGUUUCCCACAGCUGCAGAGAAGCAGUCCAGGCUCAGCCAGGCUCCUGGGCCCAGCUUCAUUGCAUCCCCAUGUGCCUGCAGAGAAAGCCAGCGAGGAAAGCCAACAGUCUAGCCCUUCAGCCUCAGCAGGACCACAAAGGAAGAUCAAGCAUGAAAAGGCUGCAGAUGCCCCCUUAGGGCAGAAACAAAACUUGAAUUGCUCACAGCCAUCUGACAACUGCAGGCCCCUGAAACGCAAGACUCCUUUGCUGCUGCCCUCCAGGCCAAAUGACCCACUGAUCCUGCCCCCAUUCCCCCAGCUAGGUUAUCAAGUCACUGCUGAAGACCUUGACUUGGAGAAGAGAGCUGCAAUCCAGUGGAUCAACAAGGUCUUGGAAGGGUAA